AUGGGACUGAGCCCGUUGCAGAAAUGCACCGCGGCCCUGAGGAUGCUAGCGUAUGGAUCUUCGGCAUGCUCAUUGGACGAGAACAUCCGGAUCGGUGAAUCCACGACGUUAGAGAAUCUGCGGAAGUUUUGCAAAGCAUUCAUCGGAGUUUAUGGGCCUAAGUUUCUACGUAUUCCAGAUGCAGAAGAUGUUAAGGUUCUAAUGACCGAGAACGCCGAACGAGGAUUUCCAGGAAUGGUAGCAUCUAUCAAUUGCAUGCACUGGACAUGGAAAAACUACCCGGUCGCCCUGAAAGGGCAGUACCAAGGAAAGGAAGGAAAACCAACCAUCGUGCUGGAAGUGUUCGCGUCAAAGAGCACCCAUAUUUGGCACGCCUUUUUCGGUUGCCCUGGGAGCUGCAACGACAUCAAUGUUUUGGAUCGAUCACCUCUGAUGAGUAACCCCAACUAA